AUGACCUGUUCUGCUGCUGAAUGUAUCUGUGCAAAGAAAUCCACUUGUUCCUGUGGUGCCAGACCUGCUUUACAUUGUGACUGUGAUAAGGCUAACGUUGAAAAUGUUGCUCCAGCCGCUACCAACGCUUGCUCAUGUGGUUUAAGAGCCAAGAAUGCUUGUACUUGCGGUGCUAACUCCCACUGUGAUGGUCAUAGAGAAGGUGAAACUGACUUCACCAACAUGCAAUAG